AUUAUAUAGCAACGAACGACCUGAGAAUGAUACUUACAUGUGAUUUCUUAAUUGGAUAUUAUAAUCAACACAGAUAUGCUUAUCGGAGAUAUAUUGUUGCUUAUUAAAAGUAUAACCUAAAAAUAUAACCUAAAAGUAGUGACCUUGAAUCUUUUGGGAGUGAUGGACUUUAUACAUUAACGUUUUCUAACCUAACUUUAGAAAAACGUAAAUAAUCUCGAUUUAAACCUCAUAAACAAGUUAUUAUUGGAAGUCAACAGUUUUUUUAAACGUCCUUUUUAAAGUCUAGUCUAGUUUAUUCAAAAUGUGGACGAGAACUAUGUCAACGAGCAUUCGUGAUUUUGUGUUAAAAGGCAACAUCGAAAAAAUAACCAGCGAUAGUAUGUUUCGUUUAAAAUUACCCCAAGGUGAUUACGCUACAAUGAAAUAUGCAAAUACCGAUGACGUGUAUGAUUUAAGACACACCGUUGUUCCUGAUAAAUAUCAAGGACAUGGAAUUGGAUCUAUUUUUGCUGAGAAAACAUUUGAUUACAUCAUCGAACAAAAGUGGCGUAUGAAGUUAACUUGCGAAUUUCUUCAAGACUUUUAUAAGAAGAACUACGAUAAGUAUCAUCCCUAUGUAAUUGAACACACAUGGACGUUUAGAGCUUAAGAUCUAAAUAAAGCAACUAUUGUAACAUUAAAAUGGAUCCUUUUGAUACAGAAAAUUUAAUUUUUUAUCUUUACCGUGAAAGAUAUCUAAAUAACCUUUUAACCGUUUCUAAAGAUGCAUUAUCAAAGCAUAACAACGAAGUUAAAUUUAAUUUUCAUUACGCUUUAGCUUUAUUAUUAAAUAAGCGAUAUCAACAAAGUUUGCAAGAAUUUGAAAGUUUGAGGAGUGAAGAUUCUUUGAGGUUAUCAUCGCUAAUUGGAGCUUAUUAUGUUAAUAAAUUUAGUAAUUUAAGUAAUAAUGAAAAGGGUGGGUUUGAAAAUGAGUUGAAGGAGUUAAAAAGGAAUGCUAAUUAUUUAGAUUAUUAUUACACAGCUUUUUUGUUGCUCGUUUUGGGUAAAUAUGAGAAAAGCUUGGAGUUUAUUGAUAAGAGUUUAUUAAAAAACGAAGCUUUUCCCCGAGGGUUUGCUUUAAAAGGUUGGAUUAUAAUUAAUUUAAAACAAAUUGGGAAAAGUAUCGACAAAAACCCUUCCGAAUUAUUUAAAAAAACUUUAAACGAUAACCCAAGGGAUUUAGACGCAGUUUUUGGGGUGACGCAAAGUUUAAUAAGCGAAAAUAAUUAUGACGAUGCUUUAUCGUUUAUAAACAAGUCAAUAGUUCGGUUUCCUUCAAACGUUUUACCGUUAAUAGCGAAAAUGAAGUAUUUAUUUUCAAUAAAAGAUUUCGAAGCGACCUUAGAAAUAAUUAAUCGCAUUUUUGAUUUAGAUCUGAACAAUUUAGAAGCCGUUAGAAUGAAUGUUUUAAUUUUUUUGUGUCGCGAUUCGAAUUUCGACGAGGCUUCUAUUUUUAUUAAAAAAUUAAUCAACGAAAUUGAAAAUUCCGAGGCGAAAAAUCCCGAAAUUUUGUUAGAAAAUGCAAAAUUAUUUUCGCGAAUUACUAAAAACCUCGUUAUUUUAACGGAAACUUUUAAAAUGAUCGAGAAAUGUUUGAGUAAAUCACCGGGAUGUAACGAAUUUUUAACUGAAAUGGGUUAUCAAUGUUUGUUACAAAAUAAUUUUAAAGAAGCCAGUUAUUAUUUUAAGUCGGUUUUAAAGUUAAACGAUUCUAGUAUUGACGCUUUAAUCGGUUCUUCUUUAUGUGAGUUACUUGAGAAUGUUAACAAAAAGAAUCUUAAUAACGUUAACGAUCAAAUUGAUUUCUUGAUGGAGUUACAAGAACGCGAAAUCCCCGCGGUGUUAUUUUAUAUGAAAGCGAAAAUUUCUGAGCAGAAUGAGACGAAAAUUAAAUUUUUAAAGCUAGCUAAAAGCGCCCAUCUCAAAAAAAUCCGUUUUUAUUCAUUCGGCGUUGAUUAUUUGAAAUUGUUAAACCCAAUUUUCCUUAUGGAUUUAAUCCAAGAGUUUUUAAGUGUCAUUUCAUUUUCUUGUACAGCACAAAACUUUAAAACGACUAAAAUAGGGGAUGAAUCUUUAAAAGAAUCACUUGAAAUAUUAAAAUUAAUCACGUCAUCUUGCCCGGGGAACGAUCAAGCUCAACAUUUACAAGCGAAAAUACUUUAUUUCAAAGGAGAUAGUGCCGAGGCAAUGAACAUAAUCGAAAAUUUAAUCAAAAUCAACAAAAAUCCUUCCAGCGAAAUUUAUUUGUUGAUGGCACAAAUACAAUUAGAUAAAAACUUAUUCGAUCGCGCCGAACAAAGCUUAGAGGCUGGUUUAAGUUACAAUUUUAAAGUAAGAGAAAACUCGUUGUUUCAUUUAAUAUCAGGAUUAAUCGAAAAACAUAAAAACAAUUACGAGGAAGCCAUUAAAUACUUCACAAUGGCUCUAAACCUCGCAAAUUUAAAGCAAAAAAAGAGCUUCAUCGACGAAGUUUCUUUACCCGAUAAAAGCUUAAUCUACAUUGAACUAAUAAACAUGCAUAAUUUAUUAAAACAAAUUCACGAAGCUUCGAAAUUGCUUCAAGACGCAAUCGAAGAAUUUAAGGACACUCCGGAAGAAGCAAAAAUUAUUUUAUUAAGCGCUGAUGAAAUGGUUAAAAAUAAAGAAAUACAAACAGCUGUUGAUAUGUUAAACAAAAUUAAACCAAACGAUGUUUAUUAUUUAGAAGCCAAAUCAAAAUUAGCUCAAAUUUAUUUAAAACAACGCAAAGAUAAACAAGCUUAUUUGAAAUGCUACGAAGAAUUAGUUAAUAAAAUCCCCGACGCGGAAAGUUACGUAUUAUUAGGUGAUGCGUAUUUAAACAUUUUGGAACUAGAAAAUGCUUUAAAUUCGUAUGAAACCGCGUUAAAAAUGAAUCCGAAAGAUCCGUUUUUAACGAAAAAAAUGGGGGAAGCUUUAAUAAUUACCCAUAAUUAUGAAAAAGCGAUUAAUUAUUACAUUGAAACGAUCAAAUUAACCGAUGAUUCAUCGAUGAAACUUCAAUUAGCUGAUUUGUAUAUUAAAUUGAAACAAUAUGUAAACGCGGAACAUUUUUUGAAAAACGAAAUUGAUGCCGAAAAAAAUAAAGGAAUUUCCGACCAAACCUCGUUAAAAUAUUUAAUUAAGCUACAAAAGUUAUUAGCGAAAACUUACGAGAAAUCCAACAAUGCCGAAACGAUAAAUGUUUUAAUAAACACAUCCGAAACUCAAUCGAGAUUAAAUAAAUUAUAUUCAGUUCAAAGGAUGACUUUAACCGAUGAAGAAAUGAUCUCUUCAUUAAAUUUAUAUCAAAAAUUAGCUAAUUUAUCAAUUGAAUCGAGAGAUUUCGACCAAGCAAUUAAAUUUUACAAAGAAGCUUUAGUUAUUUCCCCGGAUAAUUGUACGAUUUUGGGUUGUUUAGCUAAACUUUAUAUGCAAAUGAAUAAAAUGGAGUUAUGUCAACAGACUUGUAAUAAUUUAUUAAGUAUCGAUCCUGAAAACGAGGAUGGAACGGUUCUUAUGGCCGAUGUUGCAUUCAGAAAGGUUGAUUUUGAUAUGGCUAUUUAUCAUUUUACUCAACUUUUAUCGAAACAACCAACAAAUUGGCGUGCUUUAGUUAGAUUUAUUGAGAUAAUGCGUCGAACUGGGAAUCUUGAGGAUGUUUUAAAAUAUUUAGAGAAUGCUGAAAAAGAAAUUUUUAUUCCUACAAAAGAUCCAGGUUUUUGUUAUUCAUUAGCUUUAUACCAAUGGUACUCGGGGAAUUUAAAUGGUGCUCUAAGAAAUUUUAACAUCGCCCGUCAAAGUUCAGAUUGGAAUCGCCAGGCGAUUUACAACAUGAUCGAGAUUUGUUUAAAUCCUGAAGAUGAGAUUUUGGGUGAACAUUUUAUCGAUAUCGAUGAUAUCGAGUACAAAGAUUCGCGUUCGAUGGCUUUAAAAACGGCGGAUCGUUUAUUAAAAGAAUUAAAAUCGAAAAUUGACUCGACCGGCGAGGAUCAAUUAAAAUAUAAGCUAUUUAAGAAUUUUUUAUUACUCGCCACCAAAGAGAAACCUUCGAUUGAACAAGCCCUCGAAGAUUUUAUAUCGCUGGCGUCUCAGGAUCGUUAUAAAGAUAAUGUGGGCCCUAUUUUAGGUAUUGCUUUAGCGCAUACUUUAUUAAAACAAAGUCAGCGGGCUAAAAAUCAACUUAAAAGGGUGAUGAAAUCGGUUUGGUCGUUUGAAGACGCCGAAUAUUUAGAAAGGUGUUGGUUGUUAUUGGCUGAUUAUUAUAUGAAAUCGUCUAAAUAUGAUUUAGCGUUGGAAUUGUUGAAGAAAAUUUUGCAACAUAACCGGGCGUGUUGCAAAGCUUUGGAAUUUUAUGGAAACAUUUCUGAGAAGGAACAAAAAUAUAAAGAGGCGGCUCAAAUGUAUUAUUCAGCAUGGAAAUUUAACGGGAAAUCGAAUGCCGUUAUUGGGUAUCGUUUAGCUCACUGUCAUUUGAAAGGAAAACGAUACGCUGAUGCUAUUGAUGUUUGUCAAAUUGUUUUAAAAAAUAAUCCAGAGUAUCCUAAGAUUAAAAAAGAUAUCUUAGAUAAGGCUUUAGCUAAUUUAAGAACUUAAAAAUGUAAAUUUAAGAAAAAAUUGCAUUUUUGAAUAUAUUUGUUUAUUAUAUAAAUAUA